AUCGCAGAUCCCGAAGCGCAUCAAGAUGACCACGGACUUCCUCUUCCCCAAAAUAGCGGACUGCUCCUACGUGUCCUGUUACUGCGAGGAGAACGUGUGGAAGCUCUGCGAGCAGGUGAAGCGGACGCGGCCGGAGGAGCUGUCCAAGUGCUACGCCGUCUUCGUCUCCAACGAGGGUCGCACCGUGCCCCUGUGGCGCCAGAAAGCAGGACGCGGCGACGAUCAAGUUGUGAUAUGGGACUACCACGUCUUCUUCAUACACAAUCCCUUGCUGAAUCGCUGUUUGGUGUUCGAUCUGGACACCACACUGCCCUUUCCCACAUAUUUUCACAAGUACGUGACGGAGACGUUCCGCUCCGAUCUGGCCCUGCGUCCGGAGCACCACAGAUUCUUUAGAGUCAUACCCGCAGACACAUAUCUCAUUGAGUUCUCGUCGGAUCGGCGUCACAUGCGUCGACCGGAUGGCAGUUGGAUCAAGCCACCGCCCUCCUAUCCACCUAUACUCUCCAAUUCGAAUAUGCACUGUCUAGGAGACUUUAUCUGCAUGAGUGCAGGAAAAGGUCCAGGAGCAGUCUACAGCCUGUCGGAGUUCGUGCAAAACUUCUACAAGUCGCCACAUGUGAUGGCGCAGAACAACAAGUAGAUGGAGGGCCAGAGGAUCCUGGAUAGGGGAUCUAGAGUGCCGGAUCGUGCAUUCGAUGCAUCCAACAGCCCACAGAUGCAGUACGCAUCCAACAACUCAACCACAUCCAAAUGCAAAUACAAAUCCGUAUCGAAAUCGUUUUGUCGUUGUCGUUACCAGACAGUUAAUUACCAAUUGCAUACAUAUACAUACAUACAUAUACACGCGAACAUAUAAAUAUAUUUAUGAUAAUGUAUUUUUGUAUUCAGGUUAACAGAGAUCAAGUGCAGAAGAGGGUUAAAACGCUGGCGCCACGCAGCUCUUGGCGUUCAUAUGCAUUAAACUUCAAUUCUAAAGAAAUUAUAAAUCUAAUUAUACAUUUUUUAUUGUACGCAUUGUAUUGUAUUUUAUAAAGCAACCACCACACAUACAUAUAUGAUAGCCUAGGGCAGAGACGACAUUUUUAUUCGUUAUAUCCUCCGUGUACUUUUUGUAACUCUAAGCCUAAGCAAAAUGGAAAAGCACCAAGGCGGCCGGUGGAAAUCUGAUCGGAUAUGCGCCGUUCCACCAUACAUAUGGACGUGGAUCUACUACCACUUUGCAUACUACGCUACGCUCUCGUUUAUGUAACUCCAUUUUUGGCUAGGCUCAAAGCUAACCCACGCCUAACUGUAACUUACACUCUACUCAAAACUCACGUUAGCCUCGUCUCCAAGCGAAAUUGAAUUCGAAUUCGAAUUCGAGGCGGAUAAUUGCAUUAAAGCUUGUUAACUUGUUUUAUCGUACUUACACUAAUUACGUACUCGUACCGCAAUUAUAAUUGUAAUUCGAAUAUUAUCUACUUUGUAUACAACGGAAAGCAAAUCGAUGCUAAUCGAAUCGAAUCGAUGAUAAUACUAAUAAUGUAUUGUAUUGUAUUGUAUGUUUGUAUCUAGCUAGUUUUUGUACGGUUUGUAUGCCCGAGGAUCCCCAGCCGAAUCCACAUUAGAGUACCCACACCCGAUCCGGAAAUACGAACCCCGCUUAGCGUUGAUUUCGAUAUACUUAUCGUAUCGUUUCCCCUUCGAUUAAUGACUUGUGACGCGCAAAGACUGAUUCAUUAUACGCCCUACGGUAGCUGCAGCUCCUCUUCAAAAGCCUCCUCCUGUUUUAUAAAUUCCCAGUCCCUCGAGUGUCCCUGUAGACUUUUUUCGAUUGUUUAUUGUUCGGCUUCCAACCUUUAGACUCGGAUUAGUUAACGAAACUCGCAUUUAUUUAUGAUUCUGGCUCACACAUUGAUUUUUGAUUCGUAUAGAGAGGUUUUUACUCGAUUUGUACUUGUAUGUGGUAUACCAUGAAGACAUUUAAAUAUCUAGAUCAUAAACGAGAAUGUAUAAAAAUAAAUGCUGUGCAAAAGUCUCAAAGUUAAA